AUGAUGAGCGCUGCUUCUUUCUCGAAUCCUCUGGGCCAGCGCCCUCCUCAAUACCGAACCCCAUCCCCGCCGCGACGCGCCGUCGAACCCAUCACACCAUCCACCGCCGAAUUCCGCACGCCAUGGGCUGAGCGCAGCAUCACUCGGGCCACGAGCCUUGACGGUGAUCAGCGCAGAUCAACUAAUGGUCAGAUUACUGCCACCGAUCGGGGCUCUCACCACCGGUCGGGCCAUGGCCGAUCAAAUUCUACAAUCGACACCCUCGCGACCAUUGCCCUUGCGACCAGUCCAACUUUUACCCCACUUCCUCACCGACCACCUACUCCUGAUUCCCACUUAAAUGUUUCUCUAUUCCCAUCAGACAGUCACCCCGAGAGGCCUGCAAAGCGCCCUCGGUCCGAGAGAGAACCGUCCCCGCAACAAGCUCGGGUCAUACCCCCGAGUAAUUCCUACCCUAAUCCGAUGGACAGUAUGACUACAGAUGCGGAGCUCCUAUUAAACCUUGCCCGACCUACGAAUUUCCAACCCAAGGCUCAUACAAAGCAUGUUAGCAUCGAUGAGUCUCAAGGUUACUAUGGAGGUGACCCAAUGCGACACUCUGGAGUCGGUUUCACCAACGGAACUCAUCCUGGGGCAGAUAAUGGGAUACCCCAAUCACGCAUGAGAUCUCGCUCUGAUGGGUCUGCGUUCAUCUCCCGCCCUGUAAUCCGUAGCAUUCGCCCAACGACGAGUGCUGGGACACUACCUCCGACUGUUUGGGAAGACGAGAACGAAGAACCCCCUUCUGAUAUCUCCCGCUUUGCUGGCUACGGCGGAGAGCACAGGCCCGAUGUUCCAGGAAUUGACCCCAUUCCGAAGACAGAAGAGUCGGAGAGUGACACAACACAAGCAAGCUGUGCUGCUUGCCACAUGGUUCGGAUCCCCGACCUGACAGAUGAGCAAGACGAGGACACUUGGAUAGGCUGCGAUGGAUGCAAACGCUGGUUUCAUAUCGUCUGCGCGGGAUUUAAGAAUGACCGGGAGAUUCGGACUGUUGAUAAAUUCAUCUGCCGCGAAUGUCGUCCCAUACACGGACAUACGACAUUUGUACGAAAAUCUUCACGGGCUCGCACUGCUAUUGACUACGCUGGCUUGAACCAAGGUGUGGUUAAAGCUGCCACGGACACGGUGGAGCAUCACUACCUGGAACCUAUUCGCCAAGGGAAAAUACGAUUCCAGCCAGAGACUUUUCCCCGCAUGAGACCAGAGCUCGUGACCGCGGAAUGGUUUGAACGUGGCAGUGGCUGGACCGAGCCCGUGGUCAUCCCGGCCUGCUGGAACACCAGUGCACCGGUCUCGGAAGAGGAUAUUGAGUUUGACAACCUCGUGCAAGAAACCUCCACCCAGGAAAUGUUUGAUGACUUGAUGGAGCAUGCCCCUAGGAAUGAGACGGUCCUUGAAGAGACAUUGGACUGCGGUCAGGAUCAGCUGGACAUGGUCAUCCCCAGAGGUCUGACAGUUCGGGCCGUCGCUGAGCUGUAUGGCCCUGAGGAGAGAGUUGAGGUCAUCGAUGUCAAAUCUCAGCAAGGAGAAGACAAGCGAUGGAAUAUGCAAAAGUGGGCUGACUACUACGAGAGCUCUGAGCCUAACAAGGUUGUGCGCAACGUUAUCAGUCUAGAGGUCUCGCAAAGCAGGCUCGGCCGUCUCAUCAAGCGCCCAAAGAUCGUUCGCGAUCUAGAUCUGCAAGAUGCCGUCUGGCCAAAAGAGCUCCAAGCUAUCGGUGAUUUCCCCAAGGUUCAGUUCUAUUGUUUGAUGUCGGUCGCCGACUGCUAUACGGACUUUCACAUCGACUUUGGUGGGUCGUCGGUGUACUAUCAUAUCCUCAAAGGAAAGAAGACCUUUUUCUUCAUUCCACCAAAAGAUCAGCAUCUGAAGAAAUAUGAGGAGUGGUGCAACUCCCCAGCACAAGAUUCCAUCUUCCUGGGCAAUCAAACUAAAGAAUGCUACCGUGUGGAUCUCUCUGAAGGUGACACCAUGCUGAUCCCGUCAGGCUGGAUCCAUGCAGUAUGGACCCCAGAGAACAGCUUGGUGAUUGGAGGCAAUUUCCUCACCAGGAUGAACUACGGCAUGCAGAUCAAGAUUCUGAACAUCGAGAAAGACACCAAGGUUCCCAAGAAGUUCAGGUAUCCUUUCUUCCAGAAAAUCCAGUGGUAUACAGCAAUGCGGUAUUUGGAGGACGAUCCCAUUCCGCAGAGUGUUCUAGACGCAUUUGCCCAAGAUGAAACCUAUCGAUUCCACCGGCAUUACCCAGUCUACUACGAAUUUGCUGAUCGAACCAAUAACGAACCACGAGGCUCGCCUUACUUCAAUGCUCGGUUCUACUCCCAGGCAGAGCUCGAGGGGUUGCCGGAAUUGACUAAGUAUCUUCUUCGGACAGCACUCAUCGCCAGCUCAUAUUCUGUGGAUGGUGUGACGAGUGAGGUGAGCAAUGCGGUCCGGCGCUCCAUCCCAAAGGGAGUCGGAGACCCAAUCGAUGUGAUCAGGAGGUUCGGCAUUUGGGUGGCCUGGAAGCGGGGCAAUGAGCGAGCUCCGCUGUGGACUCGACCUGGCAUUAUCGAAAGCAAUCCAAAGGCAUCUCUUGCUGAGAAACGGCCUGCUGGUCGACCUAGCCGACGAUCUGAGCGCAAUGUUGAGGCACAGCGUACCUAUACAGAACGUCAAGCGGUCCAAGGUCCAGUUGUGGAGAUUCAAGCCACUCCAGUUCCUUCGACUAGCAUCAGCAAUUUCCCUCCACCUGAGAACGAUCCAAAUGUUCUAGCCGCGGGAGGUCACGAUCUGCACCACGAGGAUCAGGGCUUGGUUCCUAAGCGAGUCGCCUGCGAUGCUUGCCGUAAGAGGCGCAUUCGAUGCCGCCACAAGGAUGAACCAAGUGAUCUGAUGCUGAACCGGCAGAUGGCUAUUAACGGGUUUGCUCCUGCUUCCGGUAUGAGUACCCCGUCAUCGUCCUUGGCACAGGAUGCGGUAUCUGCCUUGAACUCACUGGCUGCGAUUGCCUCCCAAACCGACUUCCAAGGGAAUGGUCUGUCUGGCUUGGAGCGCUUUGAUACACCGGCUUUUCAUUCUAUGAUGGGUGCACCUAUGGCAAGCAACGGGCUCAAUGAUGUUAGCCCCGAUGUCAAUGGUGGCAAGAAAGGCCGAAGUAAGGCAUGUGACGACUGCCGGAAAAGCAAGCGCCGCUGCAUCCACGAUGAGUAUGGACGGAUCGAUCCUAUCAAGGCCCAAGAACGAUCCAAGCCUCGCGGUACUGCCACUGCAAAACGACCGCGGCCGAAUGAAGACGAGAGCACGCCUGUUACUGUUAAGAAGACCAAGCAAGAAAGUACUUCUCCAAUUGCACAUCCAGCGUUUCUCAGUCAUGGCGGAACCGAUGCGCACAUGGCGCCAAUGGUGCCUCCCUAUGGACAUAACGGUGUCGCGUACCAUAAUAUCGAUCGAAUCACCGCCGAACCUAUUAAGGAGAGUGAAGUCUAUCUUGACCAGAAGAUGUAUGCCUCACCUCCUGCCUUCCACGCGGAUUCGGUCGAGGCCAAAGACCCCAGUCUCUUGUCUGCGUCAUCAAAGCCAACUGCAUCUUUGGUAUCUCCUCCGACGUCGCUGGCUGACGAGAUGGACGUUGUUCCGGAAGGUGAAGCCAUUGCAUCUGUUGAGGGCGAGGUUUCUACCGCACUCCAAACCCCGAAUUCCAGUUCUCGCCAUUCAUCACGUCAACCGCGACAUCUUGAACGGCAUUUACCCGAUGCGACUGUGAGCCGUGUCCCCAAACCGACGACCAAGCCCGCAACGUCCACCACGCGCCGUACUCCCGGCCCACCGUCUUCUGCGAAGAAGCCUUCAUCGCGUCCCUCGUCGUCAUACGCAAAGAAGAGCUCACCCAUGGCCGAGAGGCUUUUUGAGAGACAUGCAACGGCCUCGCUAUCCCCUCACCAAUCUAAACAUUCCAAUCACUUUGCCAAUGAAGAAGGGCCCGAUGCUGAAAGCUUGCGGCUCAUCCGCGAGUUGCAGGAAGCAGAAUUCGGGCUGCGUCGCCGACGAGGCUAG